UACCUUCCGCGAUUGAGACCAUCAACUCCGGAACCCAGCCAGCCAACCCACCAACCACCAAACCAACCACCGACACAUCAGCCAACAUGCACCACACCAACUCCAUCCUCGCAACGUUCAUAGUGCUCUUCCGCAUCGCCCUCACUCAGACCUACAACAUCCAGACACCACCCUUCUUCCUCUACCUCGUCUCCGACGAUGCAGACUUCCAAGGCAAAUUCCUCAGCCCUUGCCACAUCGGCGCCGGCGAAUCCACCCUCUGCUACAACUCCGCAUCGAACAUCAGCUCAGACCCGAGCCUGUACACCUACGCCCUCAACACUACCGCCGACGAGCCAACCGACCCUUCAGCAGAAAUCUAUGGAGCUCCAGGGGUGUUGACGUGGAACCUUCCCUAUAAUGGCAACCAAUUCGAAUCAAUCCCCAUGAGCUUCGUCCCAGCCCGGAGUGUCAGCGGCGUCGCUCUCCUCGACUUCGAGCCCGGUCCCGCAUCAGGUGGCACGCAAAUCGCCUUCGACGACAACAACUUCAUGAACGUCCAGACCGUCUUCGCCAACGCCACUGAGACCGGCCUGGUUUACGGCAGCAGCAACGAAGCCUACUACCGCUGGUACAUGUGCAAUGCGACGGAGCCGCCGGGAGACUACAACUACUGGACGCUCUCGUGGGACCUCAGCAGCGCGACUCCGGCAGAUUCGAGCUGUUGUGCAGUGCAAGUAUGGAGGAUGUUCAUGCCGCAGGCUGGGCAGCCGAAUCCGUAGGUGGGAGGUACUUCAAAGCCAGUGCUUGAGCAUCCGCAGCGGGAGCAUGAGGGUGGACGCGGCGUUCACUGAGGCGCGCUAAUGAGGCUUAUGUGGCCACGAUGAGCAUGUAAUGUAAGCAU